CUACGAUUUCCACGCCCAUUUCCAAGAGGGCCGCCUUCUGCGGCGUCGCGUUCUAACUGCGCAAGCGCAAAGGCAAAUCCGCUUCCGGUCAAAAUGGCGGCAUCCUUGAUGUGCGGACGCCAGCAGCUUCUGCGCUUGCUACGACCCCAGCGUCAGUUCCACAGCGUCGCGGAGCCCUCGCAGUGGCCCUGGAAAGCACAGGUCACCGGGUUCCGGAUCCCAGCCGGUCGGAGCUGCGGGCGACCGCAAUGCGUCCUCCUCGCUGUGUCCGGCCCCCGCUGCCUCAGUACCUCUGCCGUCUCCUUUGCGGAAGCCCAGGUCCAGGCCCCUCCUGUUGUUCCUGCAACUCCCUCACCCGCCGUGGUACCUGAGGUGGCUCCUGGAGAAGCUACAGAUGUAGUCCAAGCUGCUGUAGAACCAAGCUUCACAGAACUGGGGCUUGGGUCAUACACUCCAGUAGGACUGAUCCAGAACUUUUUGGAAUUUAUGCAUAUUGAUCUGGGCCUACCUUGGUGGGGGGCCAUCGCUGGAUGUACAGUCCUUGCCCGCUGCCUGAUUUUUCCUGUUAUUGUAAAGGGCCAGCGAGAGGCAGCCAAGAUCCACAACCAUUCACCAGAGAUCCAGAGGUUUUCUGCUCGAAUCCGAGAGGCCAAGUUGGCAGGAGACAGUGCUGAGUUUUCCAGGGUCUCCAGAGAAAUGGCAUUGUACCAGAAAAAGCAUGAUAUUAAAUUAUUAAGACCUCUCAUUCUACCGCUAACUCAGGCCCCUAUCUUCAUCUCCUUCUUCAUUGCCUUGAGAGAAAUGGCCAACCUUCCUGUGCCCAGCAUGCAGACGGGUGGCCUUUGGUGGUUCCAGGACCUCACAGUUUGCGAUCCCCUGUAUAUAUUACCGCUAGCAGUUACUGCUACAAUGUGGUGUGUCCUCGAGCUAGGUGCUGAGACGGGGGUGCAGAGCUCUGACCUUCAGUGGAUGAGAAACAUCAUCAGGGUGAUGCCCCUGGUGGUCUUGCCCAUAACCAUCCAUUUCCCCACGGCAGUGUUUGUGUACUGGCUCUCCUCCAAUAUGUUUUCCCUGGUCCAAGUGUCCUGCCUGCGGAUUUCAGCUGUACGCACUGUCCUCAAAAUCCCUCCGCGUGUUGUCCAUGACCCUGACAAAUUACCUCCACGGGAAGGCCUCAUCGCAGGCUUCAAAAAAGGCUGGAAGAAUGCUGAGAUCGCACAUCAGCUCCGUGAGCGUGAGCGACGCCUGCACAAUCACUUGGACCUCGCGGCCAGGGGUCCCUUACGACAGACCUUUACCCACAACCCUCUGCUGCAGCAUGGAAAGGAUCCCAACACUCCCAGCAGUGGCGGCAGCAGCGAAAAACCAAAGUCGAAGCCCUGGCACGACACCCUUGGCUGACUUGUGUUCCCGCUCCUCCUGGCAGGAACUGUCUCUUCAGUUCAUCCUCACACAGACUUAACGCCAUCUCCUUGGGGUAUAGAGAAGUUCACUUUAAAAACUGAUUGCACUACAGACUCACUCCCACGUGUAAGAGCACUGGGGGUCCAAGUGACCUUUCCAUCCACAGGGUCAGUAAACCUCUGUGCCACGGGCUGCUUCCUGGUACUUAUUAAAAAGAAACAGGUUGUGCUCGCUUCGGCAGCACAUAUACUAAAAUUGGAACGAUACAGAGAAGAUUAGCAUGGCCCCUGCGCAAGGAUGACACGCAAAUUCGUGAAGCGUUCCAUAUUUUAAAAAAAAUAAAAAAAAUAAAAUAAAAUAAAAUAAAAAAAAAAAAAA